AUGAAUUCGUCGCUAAAAUUUGACGCGAAAAUUCUGCCAGAUAGCGAAAAUAACGAGAGGAAAACACCAUACAGACUCUGUUACAGAGACAAGAUAAGAGUCGUUAAUAUUCGACGUUUUGUAAAUGAAGACGAAAACUUGAAUUCUGAUUUGUGGAAAUCGGAGAGGUCAGAAAUGCGAGCGUUUCUUCUUCCGACAAAAGUUAACUCUGUUGAAAUGAUGGAGACGAGAGUAAUACAAGACGUAAAAUGCGGAAAUACGAAUAAUGGAAGAGUUAUGGAGCGACGAACAACUUCGAGGUUCUGCCUUCCUUAUUUACUGGGAGAAAAGUAUAUAACUCCGAUAUUUAAUAGGACAACGUAUGGAGGUUUUCGAACUCAGCAAGAGAGAAAAUGCUUAGCGUUUUCAAGAACUUUGCAACUUAAUCAUAAGCAGAUAUUUGGUGAAAACGAGAAGCGUUUAAGGACUGUGUUAGAUAUCUCAAGACCGCUUCAGCUC